GGCGGGAGAAAGUUGCUAUAGCGGCGAGUUGACGGUUUCAACUUGUCGACGAAGCUGCCACCCACCCGACCGAACCAUCGAUCAUUCGCUCAUCGUCAUCGUUACUCUGCGGUUUCUAUCGCGUCUCCCGCGAACGUUGGAAAUACAUAUAAAGAUAAUCGUUAUUAGCAAUGAGCGGAAACACCGAUUACAAGGCGGCAAAGUCUGUCCACGACUUUACCGCGAAAUCGAUCAAAGAUGAGGAUGUACCUUUGUCAAAGUACGCUGGGAGGGUGUUAUUGAUUGUGAACGUUGCUUCGAAGUGCGGUUUGACUGCAACAAACUAUAAAGAACUUAACGAACUACACGAUCAAUACAAUGAGAAGGGUCUAAGCAUCCUGGCCUUUCCAUGCAACCAAUUCAACGGACAAGAACCCGGAGGCAGUGACGAGAUUUGCAGUUUUGCUGAUCGUCAAAAGUUUCAGGUGAAAUUCGACCUGUUUGAAAAGAUCGACGUUAACGGAGACAAUGCUCAUCCUCUCUGGAAGUAUUUGAAGCAUAAGCAGGGGGGAGUUCUUGGGAGUUUCAUCAAAUGGAAUUUCACAAAAUUCAUCGUCGACAAGGAGGGCAAAGUCGUAGAGAGACACGGACCCAACGUAGAUCCGAGCAAAUUAUCCUCGCAUAUCGAGAAAUAUUUGUAAGGCAUGACAUUUUAAUUAUAUACACACGUUGAAACAGUCAAAUUUUGUCACGCGCUAUGCCCAGUAAAUGUCACGUUGUUUAUUAUGUCCAACAGUUGGCUAAUAUAGGUUUCAAAUUAGAUGAUAAAGACGAUAUUUAUUUACAAUGCACAAACAACUGAAAAACGAGAGAAAAAUAAAACGGCGUAAAAACAUUACAAGAAGAACAAAAACAACGUUACAAAAAGUGAACAAAAACUUACUUAAAAAUUCACGAAACCACGAUGAUUUUUGAUUAUUAGUAGUUACUUAGGUCUGUUUGUUUAACAUAAAUAAUACAGAAUUAAUUGAU